GUUGAGUACUACAACAAAAUAAGAAAAUAAGCGACACACCGAACUUUUAGUGCUGAUUUACAGCGUCCGUCGCUUUCGAGAUUUGAACUGUCGUCUUCGUACCGGCAGUUUGUUCCUACUAACUUACCUGCUAGCCUAACGCUACCUUCGCUUUCCUGGGCGCGAAAAACAGUACUGUUGGAUUUGUCGGCUUGGCACCCAUAUUUCCUCAUAUUACUCCUCCUGGGCUACGUAUUUCCCUCAGAUUUUCAUUUUCAGCCGUUUCUGUCUUGGUUUGACCGUCUCUAGCUCGGAAAUUGCAAAGCUAACCAGGCGAAGUGAAGUGAGUGACUAGCCGCUCUGCUUUAGCUCUGUGUAAACACAGGAACGUAAACUGGACUAACGUUAGCACUGGGGUUUUAGCCAAAAGCUCCUCGGGAGCUGCUGCUAAUGCGAGCGAAAAGAAGAAGAUUGAGGCUCCUCGUUUCUUCUUCGUCCUCAAACUGUUAAAUUAAAGCAGAGCUCAGAAGCAAAGCAGCGAAAAGAUUUUUUUUAACACAUAAUCUCAUCCGAGGACAGCGAACAAAGAGGAUUUCAACCCAAAGCGUUUUAUUUCGCUUGGCGAAGAAGAAGGAGGGAGCAAGAAAACUGACAUGAUGUUUCCACAAGCAAGGCACUCGGCUGCGUCUCAGUCAACACAACCACUGAAAUUCACCACCUCCGACUCCUGCGACCGCAUCAAAGACGAGUUCCAGUUCCUCCAAGCACAAUAUCACAGUCUGAAGCUGGAGUGUGAUAAGCUGGCCACGGAGAAAUCGGAGAUGCAGCGGCACUACAUCAUGUACUACGAAAUGUCAUAUGGGCUUAAUAUUGAAAUGCACAAACAGGCUGAGAUAGUGAAGAGGCUGAACGCAAUCUGCGCUCAGGUGCUGCCCUACUUGUCCCAAGAGCAUCAGCAGCAGGUCCUGGGAGCGAUUGAGAGAGCCAAGCAGGUCACUCCACCAGAGAUGAACUCAAUCAUUCGGCAGCAGCUCCAGGCCCACCAGCUUUCUCAGCUGCAGGGUCUCGCCCUGCCCAUGGCUCCUCUGCCCUUGGGCCUGACCGCUCCCGCCCUCCCAGCCGUCUCCUCUGCUUCAGGCCUCUUCUCGCUCUCCAGCCUCCUCGCCUCGCAGGCUCACCUGGCCAAAGAGGAGAAGAGUGCCCGCGAGGCUGCAAACGACAACCACCGCGACGAUGACGGAGACAAAUCCGACUAACUGUACCUGAGACUGGCUUGCAACAGAAAAGAUGAGAGGAAAAGCACACACACAUACAGAAACCUGAGAGCCCAAGAAGAGCAACAAGCAGGGAUGUCAAUCUCUGACCUCAUAACAAUUCCAUUCAAUUACAGUUAUUUAGAGAGCAGUUCAGUGCGUCAUGAAAUGAUAAAUUUGUUUUUGGCCCAAAACUUUGCCCUGAAUAAUGGUCCACGUCAAGUUACAAUAUAUUAGUUAGAGUUGUUACAUUAUACAGGUUUGUAGCUUAGGCAUGGGCAGUGGAGGAGUGUUUGUUCACAUUAUCUGGAAUACUUUGAAUUUUACCACAGUUUGAUUAUUUUGGUACAAUUCAGAAUUAAUUUUUUACUGAACACACUUACAUGACUGGAAGAGCUAUUUCUACAGCAAAGGGUUGUUUUGUUUGUUUUGAGAGUAGCCCAACAAUAAGCACAUACAUUAUUGAAUAUAUUAUGGUAAUUGUAAGAUUCCAAAAUCAGUGCAGUUGAAUCACCAUUAAAUCAAUGUAUCAUGAUACACUGAAGCAUUUCCAUACCGCUUAGGAUCACCAUUCUUUCAUUUUCAUUUAAAGCUGUUUCUUCUGUUUUGCUGGUUAGGCUCUUAAUUCUUUGCAUCCAAAUCAUUCCUUCAUUUUCAUCCAAAUCAUUCCUUCAUCGUUUCUUCUUUCUCUGUUUUAAGAUGCAAAGAUCUGAUGGACCUGGCUUGUAACCCCCUCACACAUGUUUAGCAGGGUGAAAAAUCUCCACAAGGGGGGAGCUAUUAGCACUCAGUUAGCUUUUGAGUGCAUUACUGAGAUUGAGAACACUGACAUGAACCCACACCAGCAGGAUCUCCUGAAUACAUAUGUGUUCGCUCCCAAAUUGCAUGUAUAUGAAGUAAAAGGCCCAAAAGCAAAUUACAAAAACCCCUUUCUAAAAACAUGAAUGCAGGGUGCAUUCAGUGCUUUUCAGGUAUGCCAACAACCGUGUACUGAUAUAGGAAUCAUUCACUGAAUAAGAGUCGCAAUACUGUGCACUUAAUUAGUGACAUCAGAGUUGAAACCUGAUUUUUAUUUUUCUUAUGUAGAUUCUUCUUGCAUUUCAUCGCGCCACUUCUUGGCGUCUCUGCUUCUUCCUCUGGCCUUCCUGUGCUUGCACCAUGUUUGAGUUCAUCCAGCGUUUAUUAUUAUUAUUGUUUAACCCUCUGGAAAACCACAGCUUCCUUUCAAAUCCGCUGCACUCUCCCAAAUCCUCCUACAUGUGGGAGAAGGAAUCCAAACUUUUUCACACAGCCUGCUGCUCUAAACUAAACAGAGGUCUAUAUGAGGUAGAGGAGCGGCUCCUGUCCUUGUGCGUUCAGUUGGUCCUCGUGAACGUUUUAAAGUCCAGUUUGAUGUAAACUGCCUCUAACUUUGGUGGUCAGCAGGAAUUAAAGCCAGCUGUCAGGGUCAGAUGUAAUUUUGGGUGAAGAAUGUACUUUGAAUUUUACAUGUGAAAGUAAUUGGAAAUGCUACAGAUUUUUAAGAGACUACUUGCUGUACUAUAGUUUGUGUCUACCUGGUUAUUGGUGGAGCUUCUAGCUAAUGAGGACUAGGACCUGUCAUCAUCAAAGCCGUCUUUCAGCUUUCCUAGCACAUGAAGCUGCAGCUCCUGGCUCUGUCUAACCAGCAUGCACUGUCCGAAACAUGGCGAUCGAACUGCGCUGGCCUGCAAGUCAGACAAGUUUAUCAUCAUUGCAGUAAACUCAGGCAACUGUUGUGUUAAGAGAGAAUUGUGACGUAUAACCAGCCAGUACUGGUGCUUCAUCUCCCCAGAUAUACGUAUUGUAAAAUAAGCUUAACAGUUGCUUAUAAUCACUUAUACACAAGCAGUUGGUUAUUACAAUUAGGUGGUCAGAAAUUCAUUUUUAGUUGAGCAUCUGAACACAGCAUAAGCCAGACAACAGGUCACAUCUGUUGUUCCUCUACAUUUCAGUUACAACUUGAAAGA